AUGCCCGAGGCCUUCGACGCGUCGCAGCCCGUCGCCGUCUCCGUCGACCUCCCGCGCGACCCGCAUCCCUCGGGCGGCGGCGCCAUGGGCCUCCCGCCGCCGUCGUGCAGCCCCCGGCGCGGCGUCGUGCGCAUCAAGUCCAUCGCCGCGGCGCAGAACAAGAGCGGGAAGAACUGCUUCGAGGGGUCCAUGGAGGAGGGCAGCUUCACGUGGUACAAGGACAUGGGCGGCAACAGCAACUGGAUGUACGUCGCCGUGCACAACGGCACGAGGGACCGCGUGAGCCUCGCGCUCUGGCUGCUCUACGAGGCGGCGACGGACCCGCUCGUGGACCCGCUCUGCGGUUCCGGCGAGAUCCAGGUCGGCUUCUUCAACCAGAGCAAGAUCGUGAACCGCCCCGUGCCCCUCUUCGAGCUCGCCGAGGAGUCGAAGCCCAUGCUCGAGCUCGCGGCCGGCGCCGCGGCGACGCUCAAGGUCCGCGUCAACGACCUCAGCUCCCGCCACCAGAACCAGCGCUUCGUCCUCGUCGCCGGCCCGCGCGACGCGCCCGUCCGCGGCUCGCGGUCCGUGCCCAUCGAGAUCCUGUCCAAGCCCUCGCGCGCGGCCGACCGCGCGGGCGACGACGACGCCGCGUCCGCGCGGUCGCGGAGCCCGAAGGACAAGAAGAAGGAGAAGAAGAAGAAGGACAAGGAGCGCGAGGCCGAGGAGGAGGUCGAGGAGGAGAAGAACGACGAAUGGGCCGUCGACAACACGCUCGAGGAGGUGCUCCAGGAGGAGGGCGAGCGCAUGAACGAGGAGAUGCGAAAGGCCGGCGUGCAGGUCAAGGAGAAGAAGAAGUCGAAGAAGGAGAAGGACGCCGAGGCCGCGCGCCUCAAGAAGACGGAGAUCAACAUCCGCAACGCCGAGUCGGCCGCGAAGACGAACGUCUUCGUCAUGGACGGCAAGAUCAAGGACAAGCGCGACAUGAUGGGCAAGGGCACGACCGACGAGUCCCUCUUCGACUUCGAGGCCACGGGCUCCUCCGCCGCGGAGUACCGCAAGGAGGGCAACGUCGAGUUCUACACGCAGGCGAACCUGCACAAGCGCAAGGCCAUCUCCUGCGACAAGGUCAUCAUCAAGUGGAUCGACAUCUUCUGGAACACGUUCAGCAGCGUCCACAAGACGGGCAUGGUCAACCAGGCCGAGUUCGUCCAGGUCCAGAUGAACAUCGCCAAGGCGCUCUUCGACCCCGAGGACUGGGACGAGGACGAGGUCCGCGAGAUGGUCGAGUCCGACUGGGUGCGAGAGAACGGCCUGUCCAACAACAUGGACCACGAGAAGUUCAACGCGUCCCUCUUCGAGCUCGUCGACACCUGGGCGUCGUCGAUCAAGCUCGUCGAGUACCGCAUGUUCCUCCAGAAGCUCUACUUCCGCAUCACGGGCAACAGCGGCAACAGCGCGAACAAGGAGAAGUACCAGCGGCGCCUGAAAGACCUCGAGAAGCAGCAGCGCAAGCUCAACAAGAACAAGCAGAAGUACAUCGAGAAGAUCGGCGCGCUGACGACGCAGGCCAAGGAGAUCGCGACGGAGGCGAAGAAGGUCCGCGACGAGAAGAUCAAGGCCAUCGCGGAGACGAAGAAGCUCGAGCAGGAGGAGGCGAAGCAGAAGGCGCGCAUGCAGAUGCUCAAGGACAUCAUGGAGGAGACCGACGAGAAGAAGCGCGCGAAGCUCAUCGCCAAGGCCCAGAAGCGCCUCGCGGGCUCGGGCUACGACAUCACCAAGGGCAUCGAGACGAUCAUCGCCGCGGAGCAGCAGAAGCUGGCCGAGGCCGAGGCGAAGCGCGAGCAGCACGAGGCCGCGCAGCGCAAGCUCGCCGAGGAGGAGGAGAACAUGAUCCGGCGCCAGCGCGAGCUCCUGGAGCUCCGCGCCAAGGAGGAGGGCCAGCUCAACGACGCGGACGCCGAGGCCAAGGCCAUGGACAAGGAGUCGUCGGAGCUCAACGACACCGUGAGCGACCUCGCGCGCGGCGGCCGGUCCUGGGCCACGCUGGACCAGAUCACGUCCCUCGACGGCGAGAGCGACGAGGCGACGCUCAAGCAGAUGAAGAACGACGCGUCCUUCCUGAGCUUCUGCAAGGAGAACAACGUCGAGAUCCAGGAGGAGGUCGAGGGCGACGUCGCCGCCGAGAUGGGCGGCCCCGCGAAGAAGGAGGAGGAGGAGGAGGAGGAGGAGCAGAAGCAGGAGGAGGAGGUCGCGCCGACGCUCGAGCUCGUCAAGGAGGACAUCGAGAUCAUCCAGCAGGAGGAGGCCAUCGUCUUCGAGGAGUCGGAGGAGGAGUCGGAGAGCGAGUCCGAGUCCGAGGAGGAGGAGGAGCAGGAGGAGGUCGUCGUCGUCGAGGAGAAGAAGGAGGAGGUCGUCGUCGAGGAGGAGAAGCCCGAGGACGACUACGACGACAUCUCCGUGUCGUCCGAGGAGGAGGAGGUCGAGGAGGAGCGGCGGCCGCCCGCCGACUUCACGGAGUGGCUCUCCAAGGACACGUGGAACGCGUGGCGCGGCAUGUGCGCGGGCCGGAGCCCGCCGCCCGAGGUCUUCGGCAAGAAGCGCGCCAAGUCCAAGUGGGACAAGCUCAGCCCCAUCCUCGGCGGCGGCGGCGGCAAGCGGCGGAAGAAGCCCAUGACGGGCUUCGGCGUCCGCCGGAGCGCCCACGCGGCGUCGAACCUGCCGCCCCUCACGCCGAACCCGGCGCUCGACCGCUACGCCAUCAACACCCACGGCCUCCUCGACUCCAAGUCCGCGGCCCAGCUCCCCGCGCGCGCGGCCGGCGCGCCCGCGCGCGCGCUCCACCGGCCCCAGACCGCGCCCGCGCUCCACGCGAGGUAG